AUGUCUGUGCUAUCACCUUUGGCUUCAACCCACACAGCCAACAAUAAUAAUCCACAUCUAGCCAAGUCUAUUAUUGGCCAACUAGCCAUUAAUCCACAAGCAUCAAAUGUCUCCACCUCACUACCUAUUACUCCAACCUCUAUAGACACGCCUACCUUGGAUCAUGAGGACAGCAACAACCACAACAUCACCAAACUUGGCUCUAAUCCCCAGUGUCAGUCACUUCCCCUCUCACCAAAACCAUCCAGACCCCAUUCACAACUAAUAGGAUCCCCAAGACUGGCCUUUGCCGAAGAGUUGGCGCAGCUACAAAACUAUUUUGAGACCAAACAUGCACCUUCACUCAACGAGGAAGGCGAAGAGGAAGAACUUGAUGAAACUGAAAGUAUCAUGUCGGAAGCUUUUAGUGUAAUGACUCCCGAUUUCACAACUACACCAAGAACCAACAACUGCAUUGAGAAUGGUGGUAAUCUUAUACAUCCGUACUGGCCAGCACAACAACAAAGGCUUCUUCUUCAACAACAACAACAACAACAACUACAACUGUCUGCAGGCAAUGCAGUAUCACGUGCUGCUUUUCUUGACGAUUUAAAACUGACACUUCCGUCUAUUUCCUCCAGCGAUUCACCAACAACCAUUCUAACCUCCUUCUUUUCCAAUCAACUAUUUUAUGCACAAAACUUGACUCAACUUCCGCAACAUUUCAUCAAUCAAGAAUUUGACAGUUUUAGUCAUGAUGUAGUACUCAACCCACAUAUACCUAGCAAAAAGCAUCAUGCCAAAAUCAUUGAACAGCUCGACCAACUAUAUGUAUCUUCAGUUGAAUUGGUGUCUGUCAUUGUCAUGUUCAACUGCUUCAUCACAAAGGUAAACCAUCAUGAGGUUGGAUUACAGAAUUUGAAACUGAUUAAAUCACAUUUCGACUCCUUGAUCAAUGAUUAUUUGGGUCAACACGUACACUUGAUUCUUGACAAGAUCAUUGAUGGUUUGUAUGAGUACAAUUUAAUGAUUGAAGAAAUGUUGGAAGAGGAUGAACACAGCAAGGCUAAUAAUGAGGAAGGAGAAGAACAGGAGGAGGUGGAUGACGCUGUUGCUGACUACGACACGAUUAAUGACUACUAUAACGAAAUUGAAACGACUCUCACCUUAUCUAAUUCAAAAUUAACUCAACAGGAAUGUGAAAAGUUUUACAGCUUGUUGAAUACUGAGAUCAUACAUAACAAGGACUGGAUUGAUUAUAUUGCCCACUUGAAAACUUUAUAG